UCUCUCUCUCUCUCUUUACACUUUCCCAUAUAACUGCAAGUCUUCGGGUUAGAGUAUGCGUUUCUUAUUUGUUCUAUAACGUUGGUGUUUUUGUCUCUAACCUUGGUGUUUUCAUGGAUACUUUUCUGUAACCCGCAUCAACAAUCUCAGAACCUUGGUGUUUUUGUUCCCUUGUUUUUUUUGUUACCUAAAUGGGUAGUGGGGAGAAGAGUCCGAGGAGCUUUUAUUUGCAUCGCCAUCAUCUCCAACAUAACCAUGGGAAUGGGAAGAAGCAAGAGUUCAGAGAUGUUCCAAAAGGGUGUUUGGCAAUCAAGGUGGGUCAAGGAGAAGAACAACAGAGGUUUGUGGUGCCUGUCAUAUACUUCAAUCACCCUCUUUUCAUGCAGCUACUGAAGGAGGCUGAGGAAGAAUAUGGGUUUGAUCAGAAAGGAACCAUAACAAUCCCUUGUCAUGUUGAGGAAUUCAGAAAUGUUCGAGGCUUGAUUGAUAGAGACAAGUCCCUCCAUCACCACCACCAUGUUGGUUGUUUUGGGUUCUGAAUUUGUUUUAUACCCUGAAAAAGAAAAUAUGAUCUUGACCCAGAAAUCGUGGCUUCAAGUUUCGUGUAAUUUGGUCAUGUAAAUUCUUAGCUAUUAGACUCUUUUUUUUUUCCCUUCACAUUACUUAGGUGAUGAUGAAGACAACAGAAUGUUGCUUCUUCCAAUAGUAGUUACUUUUCUAAAGAAAAAAAAGAGAGAUGCCUUUCUUUUCUUUUCCA